AUGGGAGGCCUCCAGAAGAGGAAGGGGGUGGGCAUACUCUACAGCCCCUCUUCUGAGCCAGCUCCAUUCGCGAUCACGUUUUUCAAGAGGAACGUCGCCAACAUGGCCAUCACCAAGAUCAACAAGUUGAUCGAGGCCCAGGGUGGCGACCCAACAGGCAACACAGUCUGGCAGACAUCGGCCCACGACGAGGACGCCACGCAGGGACCACCCAACUGGGGAGCUGCGAUGAAGAGCCACCCUAUCCACGACCAACCGAACACAUUGACACUCAGCGACACUUCCACUGAGCCCACGCACCCAGGCUCACCACCGGCAGCACCCGCUCUACAACAGCACGAGGCACGAUACAGCGCCAACCCCAUCAGCAUGCUUGACCGUCUCGCCGCGGAACUCGGCCAGUUCUCUCCGCAACGUUUGAAUGCGGACACGUACCCAUGGCUGGCAACCGCUGCCAGCACCCCGAAGCAGGUGCUGGCACCAAACCGCAGGAUGGUCGCUGAAGCCAGCACCACGACACUUGCCGACGACAUCGACGACACGAGCCACCAUCCGCUGACAGCAGAAGAUGUGGCCCAACUCGGGGGACGGGAGCUGGACAACGCCAAGAACCAGUCUACAGACGAGGCCAGCACCAUGGACGUAGCCAUCCCGCUCGGAGCAGAGCCAGUGCUGCUGGACGACGCGGCCACGCUGCUGCAGGCGCUGGGCGGCGGCCCCGGCCGCCGCGCGGGCCCCGAGGUGCUGUGUGUGGAGGCCCCCCGCGGGCAGGACGCCCCGCGGCCGCGCUGCGCGGAGCGCUUCGAGCUGGUGCGCAACACCGCCCACAGCCGGGGCAGCCCCGGCGCCUCGGAGUUGACGAUCCCCAUCGCCAAGACCGCCACGCUCGCGGCCCUGAAGGCGCAGGCUGCGGCUGCUCUCGGCCUGGACCCAGGUGGCCUGCACCUGUCGCGCGGCCCCAAGGGCCCCCAGCUCAAGAACGAGGCCCAGACGCUGCGGGCCUCCGGCAUCGCGGAGCUGUUCUCCCACUGCGCCAAGGCCGCCUCGUCGGUGCGCGGCCUGCGGCAGGCGAUCCUGGAGCCGCUGGCGCGCUGGGCCUCGGAGCAGGAGCAGCCCCCGUUCGCGCCGGACGGGCUGCAGUGGCGCCGCCUGCGCCUGCGGGACGGGCACGCGGGCAAGCAGUUCGCCAUCCUGCGGGACGACCGCACGCUCCGCGGCGCCCUCCUGGGCCUUGCAGACGGCCGGCAUGUGGCCGUGCAGGUGCUCGACCAGGACGAGGAGCUCACGCCCGACGACUUGGUCGUCAGCGUCCGUGCGUGGCGCUACGCGGAGGGCAGGCUGUCGGCGGCCGCGGAGGUCGUCGUGCGCAGGUCGCAGGCCCUCUCGGAGCUCCGCGGCCUGCUCGACGCCAGGUACCACGCCCUGCUCACGAAGCCGGACGCGGAGGCCUCCGCCGGCGAGGACGCCGGGGAGGACCGCCUCGAGGUCGUGGCCCUGGCGUCGGCGGGGCCGCCGCUGACCGUGAAGCGGUGCGCGACCCUGCGGUGGGGCGAGUCGCAGCUGAACGCCACCGACAGCGACAGCCCAGGCGCCCCGCUGCCACGCUCCCUGCGCAGCCUGCGGCGGCCGCUGGCGGAGCUCCGGGACCUGCGCGACGGGGCGACCCUGGUGGUGCGGUCGGCACGCGCUGCCGCGCGGGGCCCCCCGGGCGAGCCGGCCAGGCCGGCGGGGGCGCCGCCGGCCGCGGCGGCGCGCGCGAAGGCCAAGGCUCGGCGCCAGCAGUGGGUGCGGGGUCGGGGAAGGAGCUCCCAGGAGCGGCCGCGGGCCCGGGAGUCCGGCGUCCCAGACGGGGUCGCGCGCCACCAGAACAAGAUCAGGGCGGCAGGUGCCGCCCCCGCGGAGAGAGCCGCCGGGCUCUCGGCGGCGGGGCGCGCCGCGGGGGGCGCGCCGCCCUCGAGGCUCGAGCGGCUGCCCUCGAGCGGAGAGGGCAAGAGCACCGCUGAGGCGCAGGCCACCGGCGCCGGCAGCUCUCCCAGCGUCGUCGUGGCCGGCUGCCGCCCUGGGCGGGAGAGGGCCCUCGUCAUCGAGGCUCGCGCCGCCUCUGAGCCAGGGGACGUCCCCCCUGUGACCGCCGAGGCGACGAGGGCGAGCAAGCGGUUGGACCGGAGGGCGCCCCCCGGCUUCAUAUCGAGGAUCACCACGGUGCCCUACGAUCCGGAGCUCUUCGGCACGGAGGACGGAAGGCAGUAUCACGGCGAGUGCCCCAUCUGCCUCGGAGAGUUCGGUGCCGCCGACGAGAUCAAGGUGCCACUUUGCGGGCAUGCGUUUCACAAGGAUUGCUUGGCACGCUGGCUACGCAAAGAGCGCACCUGCGCCCUCUGCCGCCAGGACGUGACGCAGGCGCCAGAGGCGGGAGCCGAAGGUGCCGGACUCGGCGCGACCGCCGCCGGGCGGGGCGUCGGCGUGCCCGAGGAGACGGCGGCGCUGGGCGCGGCCACGCCUGCGCACCCGGGUGCUGCAGGCGUGCAGGCCGCGGUCCUGGGGCGCUCGUCAAGUGCCGAUGGGGCGGCAGCUAGCAAUCCCACGCACGACGCGGAGAUCUGA